UAUUUAUAAAGAAUCGUAUAAUGAUUUAUAUGAAGAUAGUUGUGAAUAUUAUGAGCCAGAAGAUAGUUGUGAAGAGGAUGAGCCAGAAGAUAGCAUAUUGAGAGAAAUUUAUAGUGGGCAAAUGUUUGUGUUAUUUGAAAAUUCUCUUCAAGAAUUCUCACCAGCAUUACAUAGAAUACCAGAUGAUAUAAUGAAUGAAAUCAAAUUUUAUGUACAAGAGUGUCAAUUAGGAGCUACU